GUGUCCCGUCGGUAAAGUAGGAUUCCUGUGAGAAGAAGAAGAAAUGUCAAAUGUUCUCCAAUUUUCUGUCCUUCAAUAAUUUUAAUAUUGAUAGUAUUUGUUGUUUUUCAUAAGUGUUUCGUGUGUUUGUAUAUUUUUCGACCCUUAAUUGAACUGAACAAUUGGUAUUUAUUUUCCGGGCAGAUAUUUUAAAGUUUUUCUUUCAUGUUUUUCAAAUCGUGUCAAAAGUCAACGACAUUUAACUCCAACCAAUAGGUUGGAUCGAUGUUUGGCUUCACUUUAGCCACUGAGGUUUUUCAAGGCUCAACGCAGAGGACCUGGAAUUGCAUUUCUCGUUUUGCUCAUUUAAUUUGGGGUAAAUUUACACAUUACACGCAAGCCGAAAUGCCACGAACAAGGAAAAGACAUCAUUCUCGUUCGAGAUCAAGGUCAGUUUCACGAGAGCGAAGUUAUAACAAGCAGAAGAAAAACACUUCCAAUGAGAAGGACGGCAAAAGAAGGAGAUUGGAGGGAAUAGAAAGCCCACUAUACAAAAGAUCAUUAAGUUCUGAAGACAGCCCAGCGCCGACAACUGAAAAUGAGGUAGAAGAUGUCGAAACAUUGAAAAAUAUUGAAGACACCGAUGUGGGUGCAAAGGAAGUUCAAUCUGCAAAUAGUAUUGUUCAAACUUCUGAUGAUAAAGUGCCUGUUAAUGAAGAUACUAAUACUAUAGAACAGGAGAAUUGUGACCCUCCGAACCUAGAAAACGACAUUGAGAUGAAGUCGGACAUUGAAGAUAACGAUAAUACAGUGGAAGAAAAUGAUGAUUCUCAAAUAGAAGAUAAAGUUGAGGAUAAGUCUAUUAUUAUAGAGGAACACGAAAAAAGUAAUCUUCAGGAACUGGAUAACGAAGUUGAUGUGAAGUCUGUCGAACACGAGAACAAAUCUGUUACUAAAGUAAAUAUUGAUAAAGUCGAUAACAGGAAAAUGAUUACUACUCCUAAGAAAGCGCUUACACCAAAACAACUCCAAAAGAAGUUAGAAUCUGAAAAGAAACGCGAGCAAAAGCAAAAAGAGAGGGAGGAACGUGAAAAACAGAAACAAGCUGAAAGACAGAAAAUAAAAGAACAAAAGGAGGCAGAAAGAUUGAAACAGUUAGAAAUGAAACAGAAAGAAAAGGAGAUUAAGGAAGAAGCGAAGAAAAAAGAAAAAGAGAUCAAAGAAGAAGCUAAGAAAAAAGAAAAAGAGGAGAAGGAACAAAAACGCAAAGAGAAGGAAGAGCAAGAAGAGCAGAAGCGAAAAGAAAAGGAAUUAGAGAAACAAAAGAAGCAGCAGGAAAUUGAAGAGAAAAACAAGGAGAAACAGAAGGAAGAGGAAAAGAAACAAAAAACUGCUGCCCUAUUUGUUAAUUUCUUUAAGAAACCUGAAAGUAUUAUUAAAGAAAAGAAAGUGGAAAAGCCUACUCAGUGUGUGUUCAUGCCAUUCGAAGUAAAAGCCGAUAUGAGAUUACCACCUACAAGAAAAAUCUUAUCGAAAGACUCUCUAGAAAAACUAGAUGAAUUCGUUCGAAAUCAAGAUAAUACGGCUUCGUACUUGAAUGAUAUUAAGUCCGAGACAUUUCAGCCUGGAAAAACUUCCAAAACGUGGCCAUACGAGGAAGUUGAUGACGAUAUAGUUAUUGUCGAGGAGGAUAAGACUCUUGGACAAACAAUUUGCGGAGAUACUUCGAACGUUCAGAAAUUAAAAGCGAAGUUUUUGUACUUUCACGAAAACAGAAGGCCCGCGUAUUUUGGCACUUGGAGAAAGAAAAGCGCUGUUAUUCGACCUAGACGUCCUUUCGAGGAAGAUACUUCGCACUUUAAUUACGAAGAAGAUUCCGACGAUGAUUGGGAAGAAGAAGAACAAGGUGAAUCGUUGGACGUGUCUGGCGAUGAAGAAGACAAAGAUGCGGAAAAUGAUAAAGAUGAUUAUGAGGUGGAUAAUGACUUUUUCGUACCUCACGGUCAUUUGAGCGAUGACGAAAUUGACGACGAGGAAAACGCUAAAUUGUCUCCGGAAUCGCUCAAGCAGAAACUCAAACUUCUUAAAGACGAAUUUGACGAAGACAUGAAAUCGAAAACGCACAAAUUGAAACCACGCUCAAUCGGAUGUAUAUGGCUGAAUAAAAAAGGAGACAAUGUCGAGGAGGCUGUUUUAAAAUACCUUCAACCUUUUGCCGCCAUAUUUAAAGGCCAAAUAGAAAUUAAACCGCGAAAAGAAAUAUUUUCAUCUCCAGACAAAAAGAAAAGCAAACCUGUUCAAGAGCUACCUCCUGAACAAAUACCGAUAUUUUUAAACAUCAUCCAUGGAAAUGCCAAUAAUAAGAACGCUUUGGUGGAACAGUUUUUGACGUACAUGGCGAAUAACGGUACAAAAGUUGAAAUGUCAAAGAUUAGUUUGAAACGAUUUUUGAAACACACGGCGACUUACCGGAAAUGUACGGAAAAUGGUCCGAUGAAAAAUAAAUUUGGCUGGUUUGUUAAUGAAGAUGUUAAGAAUCAUUAUAAUGUUACUUUAGAUCUGUUGGCUAAGGAGGAAAAAUAAGUUUGUUUUAAGUUUUGUGUUGUUGUAGGCCAAAUUUAAUUUCGCCAGUAUCAUUAUAGUGCCUUUAUUAUGUUUUUUUUAAAUGGUAACUUUAUACAAUGCUUUAAACCUUAAUUGAAAUAAAUUUAGAUUUAGGAA